GGCGAAUUCGCGGGGAAAAGGAUCGCUGUUGAUGUUGCGGGCGUGGGGCGGGGGGCGGGGGGCGAGCAGUGAAGGCGAGAAAGAAGGGAGCGAACGAGAGGAAAAUGGAACAGAAGAAGGCGAGCAGGGGACAGCCAGCAGUAGUUGAAGUAGGAGCCUCUGCGACCUGAGCUAGCAGUGCACAUCAGCAGCAGCAGCAGCAGUUCGUCUCCGGGUUCUAUCUAUGUUAUGUAUCUAUCUACCUACCUCCUACCUUCUCGUGUAGACAGUCCGUCCCCAGCACAAAGCAGCAAGGCAAGGCAAGGCAAGCAGCUCAGCUCCUGGGGUAGUAUACUGGAUUACACACGCAUACAGACUAACUGACAGGCAUACCGCCACAGUCUGAUGGACCGAUAGAUACGGACGAUCUUGACGAGUACUAGCAAGUACCGAGGAGUCGACAAGAGAGAGAGAGGGAGAGAGAGGAGUCAGAGUCACAGGAGUCGUCGAGUGCCAAGAGCAAGGCAUGCGGUUGAGGAGCAAUUAAUUGCAGCGGUGACUCUCGUCGUCAAGCAAUAAGCACUUUUUUCUAGAACACAAAGUCUUGGACACAAUAGCUAUCUAGCAUAUGAGUACUAGUGUUAUUAUGUUUACUUUUCCUGCUGCUGCAGAACUCGAGCAGACUCGAGGAGUGGAGUAGUAGUGGUCGUCGUUCGUCGUUCGUCAGUGUGCUGGGUGAGUGAAUUGAGGUGUGUUGUUCAAUUACUACUGCAUGAUCGAACCGGAGAUCACUGGCACGCUAUCGCCUAUCUGCGAGAUAGGAGUUGCUGAGAGUAGUGAUUCAGAAGCAGCAACGAUGAAGGAUAACUUCAAGAAGGGAGGUGCUGGAUCGAGUUCAUUCAAGGGCGUCUUUGGAGGAUUGAAAGGGCGUCAGGGAGCGAGGAACUUGAAUAACUUGAAAAUCACAUUGCUUUGCGGAUUUGUUACAAUCCUCGUCCUCAGGGGCACGAUCGGAGUUGGCAACCUUGGCUUCCCCGGAGGCAAAGAUAACGGAGGAGAUGUUCGUGACAGUGCCGAGAAGCAUGAACACAAGCGUUCUCUCACGCAGGUAGAUGAGAAGAAGAUGCAUGAGGAGGAAGAGCCCGAGCCCGAGAGUGAUCCCAACAAGCCUUACAGCCUUGGACCCGAAAUCAAGGACUGGAAUGAACAAAGAGCGGAGUGGCUGGAGAAGAAUCCGGGCAUGAAGUAUGCGGCGAACGGCAAGCCUCGCAUUCUUCUGGUCACUGGGUCUCAGCCGAAGCCUUGCGACAACCCGGUGGGAGAUCACUAUCUGCUCAAGUCCAUCAAAAAUAAGAUUGACUACUGUCGGUUGCACAACAUCGAGAUUUUCUACAACAUGGCUCAUUUGGACCAAGAAAUGGCUGGGUUUUGGGCCAAGCUGCCGCUUCUGCGCAAGCUCAUGCUGGCGCAUCCCGAGGUCGAAUGGAUCUGGUGGAUGGACUCCGACGCCAUGUUCACCGACAUGCUGUUCGAACUGCCCAUGGACAAGUACAAGGACUUCAACCUGAUUCUGCACGGUUGGGACGAGCUGGUCUACAAUAAGAAGAACUGGGUCGGUCUCAACACCGGAAGCUUCCUCAUGAGGAACAAUCAGUGGUCGCUGGAUCUUUUGGACAUCUGGGCUCCCAUGGGUCCCAAGGGCAAGAUCAGAGUGGAGGCCGGCAAGGUGCUGACUGCCACUCUGACGGGAAGACCGGAAUUCGAGGCCGACGAUCAGUCUGCUCUGAUCUACUUGCUGGUCACCCGCCAAGCCGAGCUUCAACCGAAGGUGUUCCUGGAGAAUUCUUACUAUCUGCACGGAUAUUGGGUCAUUCUGGUGGAGAAGUAUGAGGAGAUGAUGGAGAAGUAUCAUCCAGGCCUGGGAGACGACAGAUGGCCAUUCGUCACCCAUUUCGUGGGCUGCAAGCCUUGCGGAAGCUAUGGUGAUUACUCUGUGGACCGGUGCCUGAAACAGAUGGAGAGGGCGUUCAAUUUUGCCGACAACCAGGUUCUGCAACAGUACGGCCUGCAACACAGGGCUCUCGGCACGCCCAAGGUCAAGCGCAUCAGGAACGAUACUGCCCACCCUCUGGAGGUCCUAGGCAAAAAUACCUGGCAGAGCGUUCCCAUGAUGACGACUUCGACCUUGCCGACGACGUCGACGACUUAUUAAGUGGCACAAGGUACGAGUUUCGGAUGUCUCGCCGACCCCGUCCAAACGACUGCUGUAUGGCUCAACGAAAGAACUCUAGGCCUGACCCGAUCGAGAACUUCUGGUUAGUUGGACGUGAACGAUUUCAGCAGCCAAUUGUCCAAUUUUCAACAAUUAGCUAGACUAAGUUAGCUUAUUCGAAUGAAUUCUGCAGUGCGUUCCUCUGGGAUACGCUCAGUUCCAUUGUAAAUUAAAUCUAGGUCGAUCUUGUUCCUGUAACUAAUUCUUUGGCCGCCCAAAGUUUAUCAGUUGGAAUACUCAUGGCUCGAUCACCUUCCGGUAGUAGUCUGACUGAUCGAUUCCAAGGCUUGUAGACUCGACCUUCGAUUCUCAACUGUAGGGACCUCUCUCCUAUCGUCUUCGUGCACGGUUCACCAAGAUCGAGGGAAAAGCGGAGUCCAGGUAGAGAUUGGGAGCGUUAGUGAAGACGGAGGCUUACACGGCCGUCAGCUUUGUGACAGGCUCGCCGUCCUCUGAGUAAUUUUAUUUUUUUUGCGAUGAUAUUCGGUUCUCUAGACAUUACGAGUCUAGAUUUACAAUUGUUACAGUAGUCUCUGCGGUGCAGACCUCGGAAUUGACAGCCCAAUUAGGAGGUGUCCGGAGCUUCCAAAAGGACCUGCAGGAUAUGUAAUCGAAGCUAGGUUGUAGACUCGCGUCCACCACUUUAUUCCGAUCAUGUGCGACCACCAUCUGCAGGUCCUUCGGUACAGCGAGUGCAGCCGUAGCGAGUAGUUUUCAUAGUGAACAGCGCUCAGCUGCAGUCGCAGAUAGUGGCAGUCUUAGAAGCGAAAACUGAAUCAACCAGUAACGUACCACUCCGUCGAAUACUUCUGUGUAAUAAAGUCGAGAGGUGCGAUAAUAUUGAGGACUUAUAUUUUGAACCC